CUUUCUCCGUCGCAAUGGCGGCGUCAACCGCCGAAGGGCCCGAGUGUUACUCUUUCUCCCGCUGCCUUCUUCUCCGGUUAUCCGAGUCGAUUCGAGAAACCCUAUCGCGAACCCCAUAUGCCCCUCCGGAAGGUGCCUCCGUCUCCAUCAAAUCCCUCGUCGAAUCCCUUCUCCCGAGCGGAGACCGGGAAGCACAGGAGGGGUUCCGGAAGGAGGUUAGAGAUUUCUUCCUCGGCUGCGCAGCCCUGGCCGCGGCUGAGGGGGACGAAUCCCCCACUCUCUUCUGGGUCACGAAAGAUCUCAUCUUUGUGUCGAAAUCGGCUUUACGAGAGCUAUCUAGAGCUGCUUCCUUCGAGUCGGAGCAGCAGAUGGUCAUUGGGCUGUUGCCAGACGUGUUGCCGGCUGUGAAAGGGGUGAUAAAGGAGAGCUGUGUGGAUGCAGAGGAGGAGGAGGUCAUCGCGGCCUCGGCGAAGGCGCCGGUGGCGUAUGCUAUCGUGGCGGCUCAUCAGUUUAGGUGGCUAGUUUCCCAGGUUGCUUAUCCUGAUUUGGGUAAGUUGUUAUGGUUGGUCAUCCCGUGCGCUCUAACGUCUUUGGAUCACUGGUCAGCGGAAGUGAAGGAGCAGGGUAUUGUUAGCUUUAUACACAUAGUGAAAAAUGUGAAUUCAACUGAGUUAGGUUGGUACGAGGAGGCAGUCCUUGAUGUAUGCUGCCAAAACAUUCUUGCAGCAGAUGAGCUGUGGGAUCGUAUUGUUGAGGUGUCUGUGCUUUUAUUGACCUCUACGCAGCAAACAAAUCCUCGUAGCCCUUGGUUUGAAAGAAUGCUAAAUGAGAUGCUAGGCCACUUGGAACGCCAGCCUUUCAAAAAGGAGCGUCGUAUUGCAUGGCUUGCUCAAAUUGAGCCAGUUUUUGAUGUUAUGGGUCUGUUUAUAUUGGCACACUUCCGUCGCAUUUUUAAUCUUUUCUUCCAGUGGAUGCAUGCUGAUGAUGAAGAGACCAUUCUCCUGGUUCUAGAGCGGCUGAAGACUAUCAUAAAGCUAACAUGGAUACGGAAGUCACCCUACUUCGAAAGGUUGGUAGAUGAACUAACUCUUCUGUACAAGGAAACAGCAGUCCGAAAAAAUCGAGAACCUCUUCGCAUCCAAAUUCUACAGUUGCUGGUGUUGCUUCAGCAAUGCAAAGGUUCACAGUUCGAAAAAGCUUGGGAAAAGCACAAGAAUGAUACAGACUUGACAAUGAUGAUAUCCUCCUUUAAUAAUCUGCUGAACGAGACUCUGCAACAAGUUCCUUAAGCAAUGGAGGUCACUCACAAGAUCUACACUGACCUUUUUUGAACAGGAAAACACAGUCCUAAGAAGCAGUAAAUAGAGUGGAAAUCAAUGGAAAUCCCAAUGGUUAGAUGACUGACGCCACUGAUUUAUAUUUUUGUUUUCUGGUACAUGUCAAUGGUCAGUAUAUUAAACUGGUACUAAUCAUGCCUUUGUAAACCUAGUUUGUAAUCAUCCGUGGGUUACAAGACUCUAAUUUGUUUCUCCAUUUGAAGUUAAAAUUUAGUGGAUAUAGAUUUUGUACUGGUAUCCUCA